ACUAGAGCCCCAGCCACCGAGCAAGGGAGCCACAGCCACCCAGACUAAGCAGGAAACCUUGUGACACCAGGGCACACAGACACACACGGACAGACUCACACAACUCAGCAAGGGUCUGAAACAUGGGAGGAAAGCUGAGCAAGAAGAAGAAGGGAUACAAUGUUAAUGAUGACAAAACUAAGGAUAAAGACAAAAAGGCAGAAGGAGCUAACACAGAAGAAGAAGGGGCACCUAAAACCAAUGAAGAGACUCAGCCUGCUGUAGAUAGUACAGAAGUAAAAGAAAAUGAUGCAAAGAAUGAUAAGGAUGCACAGGCAACGGAAAGCAAAACAGAAAAUAAAGAAGGGGAAAAAGAGGAACCAAAAAAAGAUGUUGUUCAGAAACCAGAGUCAGAGAAAACGGAAGCUUCUUCUGAUACUAAAGCAGAGCCACAGAAAACAGAACAACCAGUAUCAAAGCCAGAGGAUCAACCAGCAGCAGCCCCUGCCCCUGUUACUAAUAAUGAAGGGCCAAAAGCCUCUGAGCCUAGUACUGAGGCCAAAGUUUCUCAGCCUUCAGAAACACCAGCACCAAGUAAAGUAGAGGAAAAGAGUAAAGAGGAAGGGGAAGCCAAAAAGACUGAGGCUCCCGCUUCAUCAGAAAUCAAAAGUGAGUCCGCCCCAGCUUCAGACUCAAAACCUAGCAGUGAGGCCGCACCUUCUUCUGUGAAGUCUCAAGAAACUGAAGCACCUAGUUCUACUACUACUAAGGCCUCUGAGCCUGCAGGACCAGCUGAUGAAGUUAAAGCUUCGGAGACCCCAGCAGCUAAUUCUGAUCAAACCAUAGCAGUUCAAGAGUAAAAUGGACAGCCUGUUUGAAAAUACCCAUUAAAACAACCUGCGAUGAUGUUUUCUUCUUUGUUUUUGAUUAUUUUUUUUCAGCUAUACUAACAAACUUGAUUUAGAUCUGAAAUAAGUACAUGUAAUGCCCAGAAAGGAUGUUGAGAUCCAAAUAGUAUUUUUGAGGGAAAAUGUACAAAAUACACAUUCCACCAACUAUAUUAAUUAAUGAGUAACUUAAAGCUGUGGAAGUUUAGCGAGAUAGAUGUUUGCAAGGAAAAAAAAUGAAUCUUUUACAUGUAAGCAGCAGAUUCAAAGAAUAAGUAGCCAAAAUAACACAUUUUGUUUCUUGCUUCUGCAGUAAAAAUGCAGGAGAAAUGUUCUUGAAUUUCCCAGUAGGGCUUGUGCCAAGGCAAUCAAACCUUUUAAAGAAUUUUUUUUUAUUUACAGUCGAUAUAUUGUUUUUUAUUUUUUUUCAAAUGCAAUGAAUAAUGGCCAAACUUUUUUCAAAAGAACCCACUUAGCUGUCUCUUAUUCCUCUUCAGAUAUUUUGGGAAUAAUAAACAUCCUCAUCCUACUUAGUCUACCUAGAUUUCUCAUGAUGAAUUAAUGCAUGUCUGUGGUUGGGUGCACCUGUAGUUCUGUUUAUUGGUCAGUGGAAAUAAAAAAAAAAGUCUGCGUUGA